CUAUCCCCACCGUGUGGCCCAGCGGCGUUACAAGCUCGAGCUCUUAUUUUGAAAGAAGUCGUCACGUCCUGUUUAUUUUUUUCCUCUCAUCUAAAAAAAACAGCGCGGUUUUUAUUUUUCACCCGGGGUUCAGAAGAUGAUGGGGGCGAGUUUUCUGAGCGCAGACCGGGCUCGCAGUCCGCCGGUGAAGGUGCUGUCCAGUCAGCUGCGGGAAGCCUCGGAGAGCCAGAGCUCCGGUGGGAAAGCGGAGGUUGUGAUCCGGCGUCUGGGAGCUUCUGGCCGGCGUUCGCUGCAGGUGUCAGUGGUGUGGAUGCAGGGGACUGUACUGGAGCUCCAGGCUGACAACAACACCCUCCUCAUGCUGGAUGAGACCGGAAACUUUACUGUUAACGGCAUCAACAGCGUGCCGAAAGGAAAACCCUGCCUGAGUCCCGGUAAAUACGUCAUGGUUAUGGGUGUCAUCCAGUCUCACAGUCCAGAACCAGUCCUGCGAGCUGUGAAAAUGGCAGACCUUUCUGCAAACGCAGCCAUUCACAGGAGAAACUGGAUCUAUGAAGUGGAAGAUCUCCAGCGGGUUUUGCCCUAAUAGUGUUUUUUUUUUUACUCAUUACGAUGAUUAUUUUUGCAGCGCUGCAUUUAUUAGUUUGUUCAACACUAUGUUGCUCUGACUUUUAUUUGCAAAUGACAUCUCCUGAUGGACACACAGACAUUUAAGUGAGAUAUACAUUUUAUUUCUAGAAUUAUUUUCUAUGAAAGUUUAAGUGGAAUUACACCGUAAUUAAGCUUUAAUCACAAACAAAAGAGAUUUCCUUACAGUUCUGCUAUUAAAUUAUACAAUAAAAAAAGAUUACAUUUAAUUUUCAGUGAAAUCAGAGUUUACAGAGGUAAGACAGUUAUGAUCAUUUUAAUAAAGACAGCUAAGGAAAAUAAAUAAAUUAAGAGACUGCUUGAAAAUUCUCAGUUUCUCUAGAUUUAUGAUAUUACAAAUUUGAAUAUUUGUUUUUAUUAAUAAAGAUCUGAUAAUGACAGAAUGGGUCAUGGAAUAGCAAAUGUUUUCAAGUGCUCUUAUUCGUAUUUAUUUUUCCUCCAUAGCUGUAAAUGUGCAUGUGUGAAUGUGUAUGUAUGAUCACAUGUCAGUUUGUGAGUGGCACAGAUUGGUGAAUCAUCUCUUACUCAAAGAAUGAAUUCGCUGUAACUUCCUUCCAUCUUAAAUGCACAGUAGCUGUGUUUCCCAGCUCUGGAGGGACUUCAGAAUCUCUUGUGCACCCCUAAAACACUGCUGCAGUUUGGACAGUGGUGCGUGACGUCCUUCAGGUCCUCUAUGCAGAAGGGAAUUAGGCAGCAGCCGUAGAUGCAGCUGGGACAGCAGGAGGAGGAGCAUCAGCUGAGAGUCUUUCUGCAGUAUAUUGAGAUAGUCAUGUUUUAACUUACCCAAAAACGGCCAGUCCUGCACAGGAGAGCCAGACUAGGGGUCCUGAGGAGUACUCCAGACGAGUGAUGACGGACUGUGAACACACUGGGCAGUGAGCCUGAACCGGGACGUUACCAAACACCAGGCCAGGCUGAACAUAGACUGUCUGGACGGCUACUGAAGAGCAGACAACAAGAAAUGUGCUUGUUAUUAAAAGCUUUCUUAACUUUAAAUGUAAGGGCCUUGAUGGAAAAGGAUGCAGGUUGUUUUGAUUCUCAGCUGAUGGUUUUUUUUCCCCCCAACAAAAAGUAAACAUUUAUAAAACAUUUAUAAAACUACAGCAGGGGGUGCCCAAACUCAUUCCUGGAGGGCCAGUGUCCUGCAUAUUUUAGUUCCAACCCCAAUUAAACACACCUGAAACAGCUAAUCAAACUCAUUAGAUACUUCCAGACAGGUCUGUUGAAGAAAGCUGGAGAUAAACAAUGCAGGACUGGCCCUCCAAGUCUGGAGUUUGGGCACCCCCUGCUGUAAAGCAUAGGUGUCAAAAUCUAUUCCUGGAGUGCCGCAGCUCUGCACAGUUUAGCUCCAAAACACAGCUGAUCCAACUAAUCAAGGUGUUCAAGACUACUAGAGACUAUUAAGCAGGUGUAAGUUGGAGGUGGUUGGAGAUAAACUGUGCAGAGCUGUGGCCCUUCAGGAAUUGAGUUUGAGACCAUUGCUGUAUAGUGAGAUAAUGGAGUAGCUGGCCAGGUUCCUCUGUUUGUUUGUUAUUGGUUGUGACUAAUGACAUAUUUUCCGAUUGUAUUAAUAAAUACUACAUAUACGU